AUGACAGCCGACGCCCGACGACCCUCAAUCGGUUCCCCACGUCGUUCUCUCGAUGGCGCGCGUCCGCCAGCACCCACGUCGCCUCCUUCUGCCUCUGCAUCUACACAUUCCGCUCCCACUCCCCCAUACUACAUCCUCCUUUCGCACUCUGGCGUCCUCGCGCACGCGCCGAUUACCUAUCACUAUGCGGACGACCCAGCACUAGCAUUGCUACCGGAAAGUCCGGGAGAACAUGUCGUGCUGCUAGACUGGACGUUGACUGAGGUGACGGGAACCGCAAACGCGUCGCCGUCUGGCGCUACGGCUGGGUCAACAUCAGGCGCUACGACUGCUGGAUCGACAUCGGGCGCGGCGACGGCGUCGAGUGCGACGCCCCUUGUUAGUCCCUCUGCAAGUACACCUAGCGCACGAAUAGCACAUUCGGAAUCGACCAUCAAGCCGGACGAUCUGGUGAUGGGGGAGAGGGUCACUGCUCAAUCGCUGUCGCCUUCGUUGGCGGUGACAGGCGUGCGCGUGGAGGACGUACAGAGUCAUCGGAUGUAUGUGGUGGAGACGACGGAUGGGGCAGGGUGCGCGCCAUCAGCGGACAUGAGCGCAGAGGCGCUUGUAGCCACGUUCAAGCAGAGAAAUGCUGCUCUUCAGCAAGUGCUCGACUAUACGUCAUUAUGA